AUGUUACCUCGAUUCCUGACCACGUCGUAUCCGAUGGAGCGCCAUUAUUUUGUGGUGCCAAAGUUUGCAUUAUCGCUGAUUGGUUUUUAUCCGGAACAGAAGCGAACUUUAUUAAUAAAACUCUGGAGUUUCUUCAACUUUUUCAUCCUGACCUACGGUUGCUAUGCAGAAGCUUACUAUGGCAUCCACUAUGUACCGAUUAACAUAGCCACUGCACUGGAUGCCCUUUGUCCAGUGGCCUCAAGUAUUUUAUCCCUGGUUAAAAUGGUCGCGAUUUGGUGGUACCAGGAUGAACUAAAGAGCUUGAUUCAGCGCGUGAGAUUUUUAACAGAGCAACAAAGGUCGAAGCGAAAACUUGGCUAUAAGAAACGAUUUUACACACUCGCCACUCGAUUGACCUUUUUGCUACUAUGCUGUGGAUUUUGCACCAGCACUUCGUAUUCUGUCAGACAUUUGUUGGAAAACAUUUUGAGGCGAGCCCACGGAAAGGAGUGGAUUUACGAGACGCCAUUUAAAAUGAUAUUCCCCGAUAUUUUGUUACGACUGCCGCUAUAUCCCAUCACCUAUAUCCUUGUGCAUUGGCAUGGCUACAUCACAGUGGUUUGCUUUGUGGGUGCAGAUGGUUUCUUCCUGGGCUUCUGUUUAUACUUCACUGUUUUGUUGCUCUGCCUGCGGGACGAUGUUGGUGAUUUAUUGGAGGUUCAAAAUAUCGAAGUGAGUCUCUCUGAGCAGCAGGAAGCUCGGAUAGUUCGGGAAAUGGAAAUACUGGUGGAUCGACAUAACGAGGUGGCCGAACUAACACAGAGAUUGUCGGGUGUUAUGGUGGAAAUAACACUGGCCCAUUUUGUCACUUCGAGUUUGAUUAUUGGCACUAGUGUGGUUGAUAUUUUAUUGUUUUCUGGCCUGGGAAUCAUUGUUUACGUGGUCUACACGUGUGCCGUUGGCACGGAAAUAUUGUUAUAUUGUCUAGGCGGCUCUUAUAUCAUGGAAGCGUGCUCUGAUCUAGCUAGUUCUACAUUUUCCAGUCACUGGUAUGGACAUAGUGUUCGGGUUCAAAAGAUGGCUCUUUUAAUGGUUGCUCGUGCCCAAAAAGUUCUCACCAUAAAAAUUCCAUUCUUUUCUCCUUCUUUGGAGACACUGACUUCGAUCUUACGCUUUACGGGAUCCCUUAUAGCUUUGGCAAAGUCAGUUAUAUAAAUGAUUUCAUAGAUUUCUGUUUCAUUUCUUAAAUGAUAUUACUUAUAUGCCUGUUUAAUGUAAUAUUUUAUCAAAGGUGCGGUUUACUUUUCCUUCCUUAAUUGGCAACUUUUCGUGCUCCUGAUUUCCAUUUCCUGGCUUAAUGUUGCCUGUAUUGUUUGUCCGUAGUCUUUAUGGCCGUGUGUGCAUUAAUUCGAAUAUAUUUUACACCAAUUUCGGGUUUCUUUACAUUUUCAUUUUCAUUUUAAUUUUUCUUUUCCAUUGACCCCUGAAAGUUGUUGUCAAAUUAAAGCUGCACUGUUGGUAAACAUUUCCUUGACUAUCCUUCUGCUUUUCAGCUGCUUCUGCAAAUUGCUUUCUUUGCCGUUGCUCAUCAUGUUCCCCCUUUACCACAGCCUCACCCUUUUUCUUCGACGACCUUCCUGUUUGGUACUUUUCUCUUGGCCAUUCCACUUGGCCAUUUUCAGUUGCACACACUGCCAACUGCAGUUCAUUUCCAUACCACGUGCAUAGAGAAAAAUUUUUGGUUUCUGUAUGCCAAGAUAAGAAGGCCAUAGAAAUUUUUGAAAUGUCUUGGGAUUUGUGCUUAUGUCUUAAUUGGUGCUUUGUUUAUGCUUUCAUU